GAUCUCAGGUCAUGCUUUUGGCGUCGUUGUUCGUUACACUCUGAGCGGGAUAUGUGGUUUACCAGCUGAUAAGUUUACUCAAAGGAUAUAUAACGUACCAUAAGAAUGCCACCAAGAAGUGGGAAAACCCCACAGCGCACCAGUGCUGCAUCUCGCAGGAAAAGUGUAGGCAAACCUGCUAAGCCCUCUAAGAUCCCUUCUAGGGAUGGUGCUAAAGCAGCAGCACUUUCGAGGGUAUAUUCACCUAAGACAAAGAAAAGUGCAUCAAGAUCUUCACCCUCAAAGUCACCUGGGUGGACAAGUGGCUCAGCAGCUCUUUUUAUAUCUCCAAAAACACCCCCAAGAAGACCAAAUACUAGGAGGUCAUCUAUCUACCAGAGGAAAGGUGCAACUGCUGCAAAACCAGGGUCUCAAAAGUUCAAGAAACCGGCAACACGCACACGUCAGCCAGUGUCUCAGCAACCAACAUCCCCAGCUGUGUCCAGCAGAACUAGGAGGGCCUCAGUGUAUCAGAAAAAAACACCUUCCAGGGCCAGAUCUCCUGCAAAGGCCAAAACACCAGGAUCUGGCAGAAAGUCUCAAAAAUCAAGGACACCUGCAGCAGUUGAAAUACCCAGCUCAGUCACUCCAGCAAGUGCAAGUGCAAGAAAACGUAAAGCGUCACCCACUAGGAGCAAAAGCCCAGCAAGAAAAGCUCCUGCAUCUAGGAGCAAGACCCCAGUCUCCAAAACCCCAGCAUCUAAACGAAAGAGCUCAGCAGCUAAAACACCUGCAUCCACACGUAAGAGCUCAGCAGCUAAGACUCCUGCAUCCACCAGGAAAAGAAGUAAACCUGCUGCUGACAAGACACCUGCACAGUCUGCACAAAAGAGGAAGAGAUCUCCGGAGAAAUCUGCAGAGGCUUCUCCUCCCAAAAAGGCCAAGACAUCCUCCAAGGAUCCUAGUCCAUCGCAAUCAAGAUCUCCUUCUCCCAAACGCUCUGGGAGCAAAUCACCAUCUACGUCUGCUAAAGAAACAAAGACACCGCUGAAGACGCCAGCUAAGAAAGUCGCCACCAAGACACCAGGUAACAAAUCUGCAAAGAAAGUGAAUGUGUCCAAUGUGAAGACACCUUCAGCCAAACUUUAUCCUAAAACUCCUGCCAGGUCGGGUGCAGCCAUGACACCAGCUGUCAAACCCAAGUCCACACCAUCGCCCAAAAGAAACACUCCAGUUUAUACCACUCCACUUCCAUUCACACCAUCCAUUAAGAAGCCUUCUCCAGAAAAGUCUGUCAAAUCUUCUCCUUUACCUGCGUCACCUUCAGCAAAGGAGGCUGGAAGAUGCAUUAUAUUAUAGGCAGGCAUUAUCCUGAUAGAUAUUUGAAUUAUUUAUUAUUUCCUUGUGUGGUGGAGAGUUGAAUCAGUGGGGAUUUGUGUCAUUUCAGAAUUUUUUCUGUUUGUUUUAUUUAUUUUCAUGAGAAACUUUAAUAUUGUACUGGAUGUAAAUAUGCCAUGGGGUUUUCUUACCUUUAAUCAAAUAUAUGUUGUUAGUUGGUUUUAUUCUACCUCUACUUGAAAUUUAUAGGUAACUGAUCGGUGUUGUUUUUAUUUAAGUAUAGCGCAUAAUGAGUUUAGAGCAAAUGUGACAUGGAACCAACUAAAGUGCAUGUCCAUAUAUAUUGUUAAUGCCAAUUUGAAAGACCUUCGUAAAAUUGAAGUGGUUAUUAAUCCCUUUGCUUUUAAAGAGAAAAUUGUCAUUUUGUAAAAUACAUAUAAUCUGCUUUAAAGUAUAAGUAGCCAAGCAAGAUGUAAGUAUGAAUACAAAAAGGAGCUUCAAAGGCAGCACUUGAUGUACAGAAGAUAUAUAUGAUGUUCCAUUUAUUUUUAAACAUUUUUGUAUAUAAAUGAUAUGAAUAGAACUUGUAGGCAGCAAAAUUUUCUCUUAAUUUAUUUGUCCCCUAUGUUGCAAAUCUUGCUUUCGUUUAACAUGAAGAUUUCUUUUUCAUUUUGAGAUAUUUAAAUGGAUGAUAUAGAAUACAGAACACUAAGUUUUUUGAGUUGGUGACAUAGAAGUAAAAGGAAACAAACCAG